AUGAAGAAAAAAGUGCGGCAUUAUAAUCGCAUGUCCACGCCCCAGAGGCCCCCCUCUCCCAUCAAACCUUCACCGAACAAGGAGACCCUGACAUACGCCCAGGCCCAGCGCAUGGUGGACCUAGAGAUAGAUGGCCGUGUGCACAGGAUCAGCAUCUAUGACAAGCUGGACGUCAUCGGCGACGAUGACCCCACGGCCCAAGAGAUCAUGGAGUGCAACAGCAACAAGGAGAACAACGAGAAGCCCCAGCAAGUGCUGGUGCGCUCGGUGAGGCUAAAAAACAACCAGCAGAAGAAGAGUGCCGCCCUCACCACCACGCGCAGAGCUGCCCCGCAAGGGAGCGCCCUCCUGGAACCCAAGUUCCGCACAGUGGAGUACAACCUUCCCGCGGUGCCUCGAAGGCCCUCCAUCUAUUAUAAGUAUUCUGAGAAGACUGCCGAAGAGCUGGAUGAGGAGGUGGAAUACGACAUGGAUGAGGAGGACUACGCCUGGCUGGAUCUGCUCAAUGAGAAGAGGAAAAGUGAGGGCAUCAGCCAGGUGUCCCAGAACCUCUUUGAGUUCCUUAUGGACCGCUUCGAGAAGGAGUCCUUCUUUGCCAGCCAGGGCCAGAGCGACCCGCAGACCCUCAUCGAUGAGGACGCUGUCUGCUGCAUCUGCAUGGAUGGAGACGGCCAGGACAGCAACGUCAUCCUCUUCUGUGACUCUUGCAACAUCGCUGUGCACCAGGAGUGCUACGGUGUUCCCUACAUCCCUGAGGGCCAGUGGCUGUGUCGCCACUGCCUCCAGUGUCCCUCACGGCCCGCUGAGUGUGUCUUCUGCCCCAACAAAGGCGGUGCCCUGAAGAAGACUGAUGAUGACCGCUGGGGCCACGUGGUGUGUGCCCUGUGGGUGCCAGAAGUGGGCUUCUCUGACACAGUCUUUAUCGAGCCCAUUGACGGUGUCAGCAAUAUUCCGCCCGCCCGCUGGAAACUCACCUGCUACCUCUGCAAGGAGAAGGGCACCGGGGCCUGCAUCCAGUGUCACAAGGUUAACUGUUACACAGCCUUCCACGUCAGCUGUGCCCAAAAGGCUGGCCUCUACAUGAAAAUGGAGCCUGUCAAGGAAGUCACAGAGACCGGGUCACCCACUUUCUCUGUGAAGAAAACAGCCUUCUGCUGUGCUCAUUCUCCUAAAGGGUGCACCCGGAGACCCCUUGCGAUCUACGAGGAAGGACAUGCUAAAAACGGUGUCUGUCACAAGAGGGGUGACAAAAGAGGGAGGACGAGGUUAAAAGGGUGGCAGAAGAAGAAGAGCAAAAGAGUAGUGGUGGUGCCUGAGCCCGAGGAAGAGGCUCCCACUGCGCCUGGGCCUAGUAUAACCCCCAGCAGGUUGUCAUAUUAUUUUUACUUCAUUUGUCUGCCAAUAACCAAAUGUUUCUAAAUAUUUUCCUAAAUAACAAACCUCCCAAUGAGUGGGUGAAAUUUACAUUAAAAAGAAUAAUCCUGCAUCUGACCAAUGCUAACAUACUUCCCCCCCCGUCAGUUUCGACACAAUCCUCAAUCAAGUGUCUGUCCAGAAAAAGAAGGUGUUUGUGGAGCGGGUCCUGAGCUACUGGAUGCUGAAGAGACAGUCGAGGAACGGCGUGCCACUGAUCAGGCGGCUACAGGCCAACCCUCAACCCCCCAAACCAGAGCUGCCGGUCAGUCUAGUGGUCAGUGUAAUUGUUUAGUAGCUUUCAUGGUAUGUGAAUUCUUGGGAUAGACAAUUGUUAUCUGCUUUAAACAUGACAUUUGUUGUUUUAAAACCUUUUUCCAGUGCUUGGAAAUCAAAAUAAAGCAGACUAAUACUUUUUCUCAAAAGUAGGAUUUUAGAUGAUAGAAAUUGAGAUAUGUACCAUUUAUCCAUUUCAAUAUGGACUAAAAAAAGAGAGGAAAUGCAGGUGUAGAGCUUUCUAAGAUUUGCCCAUUAUUCUUUUCAAAAUUCUUCUAGCGCUGUCAAAGUGGUUGUUGAUCACAGCUAGACAACCAUUUUCAGGUCUUGCCAUAGAUGUUCAAGCAGAUUUAAGUCAAAACUGUAACUCGGCCACUCAGGAGCAUUCACUGUCUUCUUGGUAAGCAACUUGUGUAGAUUUGCCUUGUGUUUUAGGUUAUUGUUCCGCUGAAAGGUAAUUAAUCUCCCAGUGUCAAGUGGAAAGCAGACAGAACCAGGUUUUCUUCUAGGAUUUUUCCGGUGCUUAGAGCUCCAUUCCGUUAAUUUUUUUAACCUGAAAAACUCCCCAGUCCUUAACGAUUACAAACAUACCCAUAACAUGAUGCAGCCACCACUAUGCUUGAAAAUAUGGAGAGUGAUACUCAGUAAUGUGCCCCAAACACAACACUUUGUAUUCAGGACAAAAAGUGAAUUGCUUUGCCACAUUUUUUUGUAGUAUUACUUUAGUGCCUUGUUGCAAACAGGACGCAUGUUUUGGAAUAUUUUUUAUUCUGUACAGGCUUCCUUCUUUUCACUCUCAAUUAGGUUAGUAUUGAGGAGUAACUACAAUGUUGUUGAUCCAUCCUCAGUUUUAUCCUAUCACAGCCAUUAAACUCUGUAACUGUUUUAACGUCACCAUGGUAAAAUCCCUGAGCAGUUUCCUUCCUCUCCAGCAACUGAGUUAGGAAGGACGCCUGUAUCUUUGUAGUGACUGGGUGUAUUGAUACACCAUCCACAUUUUAAUUUAACAACUUCAAAGGGAUAUUUAAUGUGUGCUUUUUAUAAUUUUUACCCAUCUACCAAUAAGUGCCCUUCUUUGUGAGGCAUUGGGAACCCCCCCCCCCCCCCCCCCCCCCGUCUGUGUGGUUGAAUCUGUGUUUGAAAUUCACUGCUUGACUAAAGGACCAUACAGAUAGUUGUAUGUGUGGAGAUGGGGCAGUCAUUCAAAAAUCAUGUAAACACUAUUAUUGCACACAGCCCAUGCAACUUAUUAUGUGACUUGUUAAGCACAUUUUUACUCCUGUACUUAUUUAGGCUUGCCAUAACAAAGGGGUUGAAUAGUUAUUGACUCAAUACAUUUCAGCUUUUCAUUUUUAAUGAAUUUGUUAAAAUUUCAAAAAACAUAAUUCCACUUUGACAUUAUGGGGUAUUGUGUGUAGGCCAGUAACAAAUCUAAAUUUAAUCAAUUUUAAAUUCAGGCUGUUAGACAACAAAAUGUGCAAAAGUCGUGGUGUGUGAAUACUUUCUGAAGGCACUGUAGCUCCUUGUCAUUUUCUGCCCCCUUACCUGAGAUUAAGGUCUUGUGAAUGUUAAUUAAAAUGCCUUUUUGGACAAUAACGUUACAGGACCGCAGGGUGGAGGAUAAUCGAGCGAUGAUGGAGCAGCUAAAGGAAUGGCACCGCCUACGCCACGACCUAGAGCGAGCUCGCCUACUGCUCGAACUGAUCAGGAAGAGGGAGAAGCUAAAGAGAGAGCAGGUACAGAGAAUUGAUCUCGGGUUUUCAAUCUGUUAACCCCAGUAGUGAAAUAAGUGUUUAUGUGACAGCGUAUCAAUGGCUAGUAGUUGUAAGCCCUCCUAUCAAUAAAAUGAGGUAAACAUUUAUUUACUUUCAAAAGAUAAUCUGUGUUGUUAAAUUAGCUUUAGAAUUGGUUGUUGGAUCCCCUUGUAAAUGUUAGUAUACUACAGCUUUGUGCUAUGUCCUGUACCCAUUCAGAUGAAGCUCCAACAGUCUGUUCUAGAGGUACAGCUCACACCCUUCAACAUUCUACUACGAGCCGUCCUGGACCAGCUUCAGGAGAAGGACCAGGCCAAAAUCUUUGCCCAGCCUGUCAGCGUUAAAGAGGUAUGGUCUCCCACACCCGCAAUAGAAUGUUGCUUUCACAAAUUAAAAACAAAUGGUACCCUCAUAGAGAUCCUAUAUUGUUCUAUUUAAUUAUUUGGGUACCUUUCACUUACCAUCAUGCUUUUUAUCAUCUCUCUGUCCUUCUCAGGUGCCUGAUUACUUGGACCACAUCAAGAACCCAAUGGACUUCUCCACCAUGAGGAAGCGGAUCGAGGCCCACGGCUACAAGAGCCUGGAGGAGUUUGAGGCCGACUUCAACCAGAUCAUAUUGAACUGCAUGAAGUACAACGCCAAGGACACGUUCUUCCACAAGGCUGGACUGCGUCUACAAGACCAAGGCGAGGCCAUCCUCAGGAAGACUCGUCGGUAUGCAGAGCGAAUCGGCUUUGACUUUGCCAGCGGGAUGCACCUCCCUGAGCCGCCCAAGGUGGAGGCUCCUCCCCCUUUCUCCUGGGACGAUGGUAAGAACAUACUCUACCUAUGUUUACUUCUCCAUUUGUCUUGUACACAGCCAAAGUUAUCUGCUGAACACAGCCAUUGAUUUAUGUUACUGUUACUGUAGCAUUGGGGAAUGGGGAAAUGUUCUGAGCUCAGCCAAUCAAGUUGUUGUUUGUGUGUGUCUUGCAGUGGACCGGAUACUAAACCCAGCUAACCGGCAGCACAUGUCUUUGGAGGAGCAACUUAAAGAGCUGCUGGAGAAGCUGGACCUGAGCAGUGCCAUGAAGUCCAGUCCAUCUCGCAGCAAGCGGCUGAAGCUGCUCAAAAAGACCAUCACAGAUGUUCGCAGCGAGAUAUACCUAAAGACACGGCGCCCCGCUGCCACUUCCUUUGAACCGACACCAGCAGAGACUGAGGAGAAACCCCUGCCCCCCACUGGACACAGCAUACAGGAAGAGGGUACAUAUCAGGCUGUCUUAAAGCUAUGAAUUGGUUCAAUAAAGCCUUCUCCACGUCUUACUUGAUGAACUGUAAGGCUAUUAGCUAAUGAUUGUCUGUUCCACAUGUAAGAAUGUUUUCAUUUUCUACUGUGCUUCUGUUUUGAUUGUAUAGGAUGCAAGUCUUUGCCCCCACCGAAACUAGAGCCAUUGAACUCGUCGCCGCCACUUGUCAACUCAGACAGUCAUUCAGAACCUCCCAUGCUCAACCCCAUCAAAUCCAAUGCGGACAAGAGCCAGAAGACCUCCAAGUGCAACAGUGUCAAGACCGCUACCUCUGUACCCCGGGAACCCAUCAACGGGCACAUCUGUAACCCGCUGUUCCCCGUCAGUGACCUCAGUGUCGUGGCCACCUCCAUGCUCGCAGAGCCCUCUGGCACGGGCAACAGGCGGACCAAUGUGCUCUUAUGCAAGUCCAAGAGUGCCAGCCUGCAGAAGCCCCCAAGGACAGCCGAGCACUUGCCCGGCUCCACGCCGCUGGGAGCCAAAACCUUCCUCUCUGUGGUCAUUCCUCGCCUUGAGACCCUCCUUCUACCCAGGAAGAGGACCCACAGCUCCAGUGGAGACUGUGACGAAGAUGAAGAGGAAUCGCCCAUCAAGCGCCUUGACACAGGUAAAACGUAAAUAUACAAAGAUCACUUUUUUCCCCCUCAUUCAUGUACAAAAUUCAUAUUUUUGGUUUGCAAAUGUCGUAGUAAUGGAUUAUUUUGUCACCAGGACUAGCUAAUGGCUUUGUCGUUGAGCCGGAGAGUGAGGCCAGCCCUAGUAGGCCGCUGGAGCCUCGCAGGCGCUGUGCCUCUGAGUCCAGCAUCUCCUCUAGAGGCAGCGUGCUGUGUAGCACAAGGUAUGCUUGUUAACACCUCCGCACAAUGGCAAUAAUGCAGACUCUCUCUGCUGGCAGCACUCUUCUGUGUAGCACCAGGUACAGGAUUGGCAGUGGGCCUAUAUCACAGUGCCAUGUUAAUGUAAUAUCUAGCUCCUCUAGCAGCUGUCUGUGGUCUAUAAUCACUUACCAAGCAAAAUGUUGCACUCUACUAUUAGCGCAUUUGCCAUUUGCUCAAUGUAGCCUACUCGGUUUUCCUUUGUUUUUACUGUAGCACGGUCAGAGUGGCAAAAAAUGGGAAAGGGAGGCCAUCCAUGGCGCGUAGGAGCACAGUGGAUGACAAAAACGCGCUCAUCACCUGUAUCGAAAAUGGGGACUUUACCAAAGCCGCUAAGAUUGCAGCAGGUGAGACACUGGUUCUUUCAGUAAAUUAAUGCUAAGAAGGGACUUACAUUAUGAAUGAUGAAUGUAUACAUUUUUGUAGUAUCUGUCUAACAUUUCUAUCUGGAAUAGCUGGCAACGUCCUCUUGUCAUUGCCUGCUACCCAAAGGCUUGUUCAUAGCUUUGGAAUUCUACCACUUUCAAUAACUCAUCGGCCAGUAGACAUCACGGAAUUGUGCUGUUCUCACAUUUUCUUCCCAUGAACCACAAGUCUCAGCUUAGAAAAAUAGAGGGUAGCCUGAAAUCCUGACCUGCUUGUGGCAAGGAGUGGAAGGUUAGCACAAAUUGACUGGUACCCAGGCUAAGUAGAGGGGCUGUUUUGUCCCGAAUUGUGUCUUAUUGAUAUUCAUAGAAUGAGUGUUAGGCAAGUUCUGAGAUUGAUUACAGAUAUACACUGAGUGUACAAAACAUUAGGAACAUCUUCCUAAUAUUGAGAUACCCCCUUUUGCCCUCAGAACAGCCUCAAUUCGUUGGGGGCAUGGACUCUACAAGGUGUCGGAAGCCUUCCACAGGGAUGCUGGCCCAUGUUGACUCCAAUGCUUCCCACAGUUGUCAAGUUGGCUGGAUGUCCUUUGGGUGGUGGACCAUUCUUGAUAAACACAGGAAACUGUUGAGCGUGAAAAACCCAGCAGCGUUGCUGUUUUUGACACUCAAACCGGUGCGCCUAGCACCUACUACCAUACCCCGUUCAAAGGCACUUAAAUAUUUUGUCUUGCCCAUUCACCCUCUGAAUGGCACACAUACACAAUCCAUGUCUUAAUUGUCUCUAAGCUUAAAAAUCCUUCUUUAACCUGUCACCUCCCCUUCAUCUACACUGAUUGAAGUGGAUUUAACAAGUAACAUCAAUAAGGGAUCAUAGCUUUCACCUGGUCAGUCUGUCAUGGAAAGAGCAGGUGUUCCUAUUGUUUUGUACACUCAGUAUAUAUAGUCUUGUGAGUGUGCAUAGAGUCAAUGCAAGAUGGGGUCAGUGCAGAUAGUCCGGGUAACCAGUGUAUUUUCAUUUAGACAAGAAUAUAUGUGUGCCAGCAUGUGUGUGUUCCUUGGUAAGAAUGUGUCUGAGCACAGUGUGACAAGUGACAUGAGCUUGUUUGACAAAGGACAACAGAGGCUCCCAGCACUCUGCGUUCCAACACUGAGGCCAUAGUUAUUUUUUUAACAAGCCUUAUUCUGGCACCAUCUUGUCCCAGUGGCCUGAGCUGACAUGCACCAAUGGUCUCCCUGUCACCCAGUCAAGACUAAGAAAUCCCACUUCCUAUACAUAAUUCAGCAGUUUUCGGUCAUCUUCUCCUCUCUGUCGCAAACAAAGUAAUGGUUACCCUCUACACCCACCUCACAUUGUUUCAUAAUUGAUACGACUAAAAGUUUAUUUCAGUGUUUUGAUGCCCUGUAAUAUUUCCCUGCGUGUGAACGUACUGUAUGUUCAUGUUGUUGUGUGUCUCCUGUCAGUGUGUGAGCAUGGCUUUUAGAGUAGUGUCGUGUCUGUUUGCAGUGAACCCGCCAUAACUUGCUUGUCGUUAUUCCUGCUUCCGUAGAAGUUGGCAACGGAAAUAUUUGGAUGCCUGCUAGUGCUGCGACAUAUGUACUGGAACCCCUUAAACUAGUUUGGGCAAAAUGUAGUGGAUAUCCCUCCUACCCCGCCUUGGUGAGUUUGAGUGAGCGCAUGUCCCAGACUGGCCAAUGCCCAUCUAUACAUGUCUCAUUUCCAUCCAUUCCUCUCAUCGUAAGUGGUGUCAGCUUGUGUUUGUGCACGCCCUGCAGCUAGCUGCUCAGCUUCAAUGUGUAGUGGGUGGUAUGAGUGUGUUAGGAGCCACACAGAUUGCUUACAGCUUUCUGGGUGACUCGGGUAGCAUGGCAUCUGUGUGUCUGUUCAGUGUGUGAUUGUGUUAAUGGCAGUUCCUGUCCACCAGUUUGAACCUUUGCUGCACCACAACCAGGAUUCCCUGCAUCCUCUUGUUUUCAGGCCAUUACAACCAAUCACUUCUCUCGCCCCCCUCCCCCAUGCAGAUCAUAGACCCCAAGAUGCAGAGGGCGGGGUGUCACCACAACGGGGUCUCUCUCCCCCUGCCCCCUCCGGACGUCCUCAGGGUCGGCGAGCAGAUGCAGUACAGGUCCGAAGAGAAACUCUUCCUCGUCCACUUCUUCGACAACAAGCGCAGCUGGUGAGAUGGCGCUCCCCUUCUAUAGUUUGCCACUUAUAAUAAUCUUAAAACAUGACAGUUUAUUUUUAUGCAAACAGAGUAAGUGCUUAGGUUAUCUUGAGUUGCAAUGACAGUCAGAGGUAAUAUGAUGUAGCAUAAUUCUAGCAUCAUCCUAAUGAUACGUCACUGUCUUUGACAGGCAAUGGCUUCCUAGAUCCAAGAUGGUUCCCUUUGGUAUCAAUAAGACUGUGGACAAGAUCAAACUGAUGGAGGGCUGCUCCUCUGGCAUCCGUAAAGCUGUGCAGACCGCCUUCCAUCGCGCUGUGAGCCACCUGAGCCAGGUCAAGGACAAGCCUAGCAGCGAGCCCCCCGUGUAGCUCAGUUGGUAGAGCAUGGCGUUUGCAACGCCAGGGUUGUGGGUUCGAUUCCCACGGGGGGCCAGUAUGAAAAAUGUAUGCACUCACUAACUGUAAGUCGCUCUGGAUAAGAGCGUCUGCUAAAUGACUAAAAUGUAAUGUGGACUGAACCUGCUCAUGCACCCCCCCUCACCUCUAGGGGGAGCCUUUUCUCAACUCUCCUUAGUUUACUUGAUAUUCCACAGCAGUCCCAGUAUUCCUCUCACACACACCCUCAUCGUGUUUACUGUCUCCUGUGUAAUGGGGGAGAAUCUAAAGCCCUCAAGUAGCCCUACAGUCUCUUGGUGCAGGUUUCCAUUCCACCUCAUGUCUUGAUUAUAUCAACUGAGCUGCUCAUGGGUAAAUGGUAUGUGUAUGACACCACAACACGCAUGCUCCCUUUUAAUCUAUUCCAUUCUAAAUACUGUAGCUGGCAACAUGUAAUAUCCACAUAAAUCAAUGAGCUAUGCAACUGAACUCAAGCGAUUGGGUUGGCGGGUGCAAAAACCUUAAUACGGAGUCCGAGAACUGACUCAUGAAAAUCACUGGUCUAACCUGAUGAAUGUGCCAGAGUUGAAUCUCUGUCCUGUAAUAUGCUGCAAGACUGCUGCAACUUUCACUGCUGAAACUUUCACUUCCAUCAUGAUUCUCACCCUCACUCCCAUUUCCUCUCUGCAGCUGCCCUGUAUUUAA